AUGGGUAACUCUAGAUAUCACAGGCGGUUCGAGGUGCUCGUGCCACUCGUCACGCUCUGGUUGGUCAUCUGCGCGCUUCCGUCCGCGCGUAGCGACGACGACGACGACGAGGGUGGUAACGCCGUAACCGGCGCAUGCGAGGUGUCGUCGCUCGCCGGCUACAAAUACGCCGUCGACCUCAGCGGCAACGGUCUCUACCUGCACUGGGCUCCUAAAGGCACCACCGAAAUGGACUUCGCGAUCGAGGCGCGUCCCGGCAGCGGCGCGGAGUCCACGUGGGUAUCCGUUGGGUGGUCGUCCGGGCGGAUGGCUCCCGCCGACGCGGUAAUGGGGAACCUUGCCGGAAACAAGGUCGCGGCGUACUCGAUACAAGGCUACGACAUGGGGUCCGUCGCGCCGACGACGGGGUUCUCGUUGGCGUCGACGGCGGUCGUGACCAGCAAUGGCGGCAGCACGGUCUCCAAGUUCACGCGCACGAUCGGCGACGGGGAUUUCCCCGUGGCUCCCGACGCGAACACGCUCAUCUGGGCGUUCUCCGGCAGCGGCUCGCAGGGGCUGGAUUACCACGGCGGGAACUUCGGCAUCGUGAACAUCGACUUCACCUGCGCUAGCGGCGCCGCGCCCGCGACGGGUGCACCAGACUCCAUCAGCGGCGGCAGCGGUGGCAGCAGCUCCGGUUCCAGCAGCGGCGGAGGCGGCGGCGGCGGCGCUUCGUGCCCGGCUUCCUCGCUGGCGGGAUUCGACUAUCAGGCGGAACUCACCCCAGGUCUUCUCCUCCAUUGGAAGCAAGCGUCCGCCACGGCGCUCGACAUGGCGCUCGAAGCCACCGCAUCCGGCGGCGCCGCGGGCUCGUGGGUCUCCGUCGCGUGGACGGGCGACGGCCGCAUGGUCCCGUCAGACGCGGUCAUCGGGAAUAUGCCGGGCGGCGCGGCCGGCGCGUACGCGAUCUCGGGAUACGACGUGUCAUCUGUCGCGAAGACGACGACGUUUUCCGUCGGCGCGGCGGCGACGGAGACGGCGAGCGGCGGAAGCUCGGUCGUGAAGUUUACGCGAACGGAGGGGGAGGGUUCGAUCCCAAUGUCGCUGUCCGCGCCGAACGCGCUGAUCUGGGCGUAUUCCGGGAGCGGAUCGCAGUCGUUGGAUUACCACGGCAGUAACUUCGGUUCAAAGACUGUGAGCUUCAACUGUGGUGGCAGCAGCACUCCCACCACUCCCACCACUCCCUCCACUCCUCCCACUACCGCCACUCCUUCGCCCGCAGUCCCCGCGCCCUCUCCCCCCGCCACCACCCCCGCUCCGCCCACCACCUCCCCCUCCGCACCUGGCGCCAGUGGCAGCAACAGCAGCGGCCCUGCAUGCACGCCGUCUGCUCUGGAUGGCUACACGUGUUCCGAGAAACUCAGCGGAAAUGAUUUCGUCCUGCACUGGAAGACCAACGCUGACUCGAUUGACAUGGCCUGCGAGGUGGCAACCGCCGGGUGGGUCUCCAUCGGGUGGAGCGCAGACGGCAGCAUGUACCCCUCAGACGCCAUCAUUGGCAACCUCGCCUCCUCCACCACAAAGCGCGCCGCCAGCACUUCGAGCAGCGCUACAGGCGGCGGUGCUACAGUCGCCGCCUACAGCAUUGCCGGCUACGGCGAGUCUGACGUGGCCCCCGCGGCGGCGUCGGCCCUCCCGCUGACCGCUACAGCCGUGGAGACCUCGUCCAAUGGGAAGACGGUGAUUAAAUUCUCGCGGGUUCUCAAGGGUGGGAAAUUCCCGAUUGACACGAGCGUGGCGACGAAUCUUAUCUGGGCGUUUUCCGCUGAUGGGUCGAAGAAACUGGCCAAUCACGGGAUCAACCGCGGUUCUGCGCUUGAUGGGAGCAAAUACGUUCUGCACUGGAACGCCACCGGGGAUAACAUCGCCUUCGCCUGCGAGGUGGCAACCGCCGGGUGGGUCUCCCUGGGGUGGAGCGCAGACGGCAAGAUGUACCCCUCUGAAGCCGUCAUCGGCAACCUCCCCUCCUCCACCACCACCGCUGCAACAACAUCGGGCAGCGCAGCGGGCGGCGCUACAGUCGCGACCUACAGCAUUGCCGGCUACAGCGAGACUGACGUCACCCCGGUGGCGGCGUCAGGCAUCGCGCUGGCCGCUACAGCCGUGGAUUCCUCGGCCAAUGGGAAGACGGUGGUGAAAUUCACGCGCGCGAUGGCCAAGGGGAAAUUCCCGAUCAGUGCGACUGGACCGACCAAGGUCAUCUGGGCUUACUCGGCUGAUGACUCCCAAGCUCUGGCGAAUCACGACCUUAACCGCGGUUCUGCCACCAUCAACUUUGUCUCAGGCGCCACGGAUUCAGGCUCGGGAUCAGGCUCGGGAUCAGGCUCGACCUCAGGCACGGGUUCAACCGGGGCAGUCGGCGCAGGCCAGGAUAGUUCCAAGGCCAGCAACAGCACCGCUAGCAGCAGCGGCGGCGGCGGCAGCAGCUGCACGCCUUCCACUAUUGCUGGUUACACGUGCUCGGCUCAGCUCAGUGGCGACAAGUACAUUCUCCACUGGAAGGCCAACACAUCAACCAUCAGUUUCGCUGCUGAGGUGUCGACCUCUGGUUGGGUCUCCCUCGGGUGGAACAGCAACGGCAAAAUGCAGCCGGCCGACGCAGCCAUUGGCAACCAGCCAGCUGGCAGCAACAGCGCAGCAGUCGCUCCGUACAGCAUCACGGGAUACGGCGCGUCUGACAUCUCUGCCACGUCAGCAUUCGCCCUGUCAACCACGGUAGUGGAGUCAUCGGCCAAUGGGAAGACGGUUGUGAAGUUCACCCGGCCGAUGGCGGGAGGAUCAUAUCCGAUCAACACGAACGGGCCUACAACGGUCAUCUGGGCUUACUCUGCUGAUGGCUCUCAGACUCUCGCCAACCAUGGUCCCAACUGCGGAUCAGCUCAAAUUGACUUCAUCUCCGGAUCAGCCGUCUCUACCUCCUCGUCCUCAUCAUCAACAGCCUUUAUCAUCCACGGGUGGCUGCUUGGAAUCGCGUUCGGAAUCCUCAUGCCCGCGGCUAUUCUCAUCUCGCGAAUCUUCCUCGCCGAUAAGCUCCAGGAGAAGCCUCCCGGCGUGGACCCUAUCCAGUGGGAGGCGCAGGUUGCACGCGCGAAAUCCUGGAAGCCUAUGGCGUUCGAAACGCACAAGUGGAUGCAGAUUGUCGCGGUUGUGCUGGCUGUCGCAGGGUGCAUUAUCGGAAUGGUCGAAUCCGGCUCGGUGGGUCUGCAAGGCACUCACGGCCAGCUCGGAAUUGCUAUCUUCGUGAUGAUUUUCAUCCAGCCUGUGAUUGGCCACUUCCGGCCGAACAAGGGUACUGUGAAUCGGCCGACAUGGUUCAUUAUCCACUGGGUGUUCGGCAUGGUUAUUGUCGGACUCGCUUGGGUGAACACUUUCCUUGGGUUCGACGCUAUGGCGAGUAAAUUCGCCUCCGACAUGCAGGUGUACUUCAUCAUCUUCGCGAUUGCGAUCGGGCUAUUUGCGGCGAUAUACGUGGUGAUCUUCGUGGUCGAUCAGGUGGCGUUCAUUAUUGCAAGAAUGAGACCUACAGCGGAUGAAGGACAGGAGAAGCUAUCGUUCCAUGUGUAA